UAACAAAAUGAACUCAACAUUAAAUGAGCCUCUCGAAGCUUUUAAAGCUGAUCAACUUUUAUCAUCGCUACUAUCAGAGUCCAAAUCCUCUUCUACCCCUUCACUGUCGAUUGAUGAUCUUCUUACUCAACUAAGUCCCCGAGAGACGGUUCAAAAGCUUGAACAAGCUCGAAUGUUAAUUGAAGGUGAUCUUCAAAAUUUGAUUUCCAGUGAUUUUGAUCAACUUCUCAACGAGACCAACAAGGUAGAAAUCUUGGAAAAUCAUUUAUCUGUAAUCCAAGGAAAGAUUGAAACACUCACAUGCACUUUGGACAAAUUACGAACUCGUCUCAUCGAACCUUACAAUAGGGUUGCCCAUCGAAUUGCUCUUCUUAAUCGCCUGCAUGCGACCUGUGAUCUUCUCCGUCGUAUUGUCCGUUUCAUGCAACUUUCCCGUCGUCUCAAGCAAACUGAUUUCAAGGAAGCCGAUCAACCAACAAUCAACCGUGAAGUGAUUAAAGCAGCACAAUUUGUCCACGAGUUGAACAGCCUAAUCUCUCAAGAUGAUAGUCUCCUUCGUAUCGAUAUUAUCAAGGGCGAUUUAAUCCAAUUGGGCGAUAAGCAAAACGAUAUCCUUGAAAUAGCCAAUACUUGUUUCGCUAAUGGUUUCUCAAAAUCGGACUCUGUUUCUGUUGGUGUUGCUCUUCAUGUUUAUUACUUUUUUAAUAUUCUCGAUGAGAAAAUAGAUCUAUUUUUACAAUCGAAAGAGCAAAAGAUAAUCUCAACCAUUCGUGAUGUGUUUGACAUGUCCACUUACAAUCAAACCCGUUCAACUGGUCCAGGAAGUGCCAUUGUCCCAAUGACUUUGGCUCAAUCAGCAAAUUACAAGACUAAAUUGUGGGAUAACAUUGAAAAUCUGAUGGAACAGAUUUUCAUUGCCUUCUCUCAGGCUGAUUUACUUUUCAAAAUAUUAAAAAAGAAACGAGAUCCACUUAAUCAAUCAAGUCUUCUCGAAAGUACCUCAAAGCCAAAUGGAUUGAUUGAAUUCAUCACUCGGAUCAACAAUCUACUCUCUCAGGCCAUGAUUAAAGCGAAUGUCUCAUCAAAUAUAAUCAAGGAAGUUCUUGAAGGUGAAUAUCCGAGAAUCCUUCGUUUAUUUACCGAAGUUUGGAAGAGAUUAUCUCGAGAUGAUAAAGAUAUCAAUCUUGAGACUAUGAUGAGAUCAAUUUUACACCCGUUCGAAAGUGCUUACCUUUCGAGGUCACUUUCAUUGCUUUUCGAUGCCGUCAACAUAAUUUUCACCGACACAAAGGAAAACUCGUCGUCAUCAGGCUCGUUGAUCAGUAUUCGUGAAAUUGUAUUACCAACUAAGGACGAUAUCGAUUCACUUAUUAAAACUCUUGUUUCCGAAAUGAAUGUUGCUAAUUUAGAUCCAGAAUUAAGUCAAUCAGUGGCCAAAAAUAUUGGUAAAUCAGUGCAAAUGUUUCUAGUUAAGUGUGAAAAGUUAAUUUGUGUUGAAGGAGAUGCCACUCAAGUAAUUGGACCAGCGACUAAAUCACAACAAUGUAAUGCAACAAUCGUUCAUCGACUUGAAUCAUUUAGAAAUCAAAUGGAAACCUUAUUAUCUUCGUGUGAAUCAAGUGAUGAAUCAAUACAAAUUGUCCGUAAUUAUUUAAACAAUUUAGAUUCAUUAAUAAUCAAUACACUUGAUCCACUUAUGAAUUCCGCUCAAGAUUCAAUCGAAGCCAUUAUACUGACCAUUCACAAUGAAGAUUUUUCCAAUUCUCUCAAUGGUCCCCCUCAAUGUUCACUUUAUAUGCGAGAACUUCAAGGAUUCAUCACGAGAGUAAAUGCUGAUUACUUUUCACUUUUCCCUGACACUCCGGUCGUUCGGAACAGAAUUCUAAAAGUUGCCGUUCGAACCAUCGAUUUAUUCCUUCGCCAUGCAACCUUAAUCCGACCCUUAACUCAGAAUGUCAAAAUGAGAUUAGCUGUUGAUUUCGCUCAAUUAGAAGAGGCUUUAUCUACAUUCCAUCAGUUAAUCGGUGAUCUUGGUAAACACUAUCGUAUCCUUCGGGCAUUUAAAUCAUUACUUUUCCAUGAACCUUCAGCGAUAAUUAAAUCUCAAGCUAUUGGCAAACUUAUUCCCUAUUCAAUUGUGAUCCAAUUUUUGAUAUCAACCCAAGGGCCAUCAGAGAUGAAAUCUGCUCAUGAAAAUCGUGGCUGGUCCAUAACAAGAUAUUCUGCUUGGAUGGAUGAACAUCGUGAUGAAGAGCAACGUCUUUUACUCUUCAAAGAAUCCUUGGAAUCCUAUGAAUCUGAAAUAAGGCGGAAAAAAGUAACAAAAUCUUUUCCCGAAGUUUAUACAAUAAUAUUGGAAAUGUUACAAACAGCAUUGGUUAAAAAAUGAUUGAAUUGAUCGAUUAAAUUGAUAACUUAAAUAAUAUUAAAUUAACUAUCCAGCA